AUGGCCUGGGAUCAAGCUGCGAAAAUUGAAUUCAACUGCUUAUUCGCAAUCGGUCUUAUGUCAUUGUAUUGGAUUAUGGAGACGGUUCCGCUUCCGAUCACAUCUCUACUUCCGGUUUUCCUUUUCCCACUACUUGGCAUCGCAAAAGCCGAGGAUAUCGCUAAAACGUAUACAAAUGACACUACAAUGAUUCUAUUUGUUUCUCUGAUUAUGGGAAUCGCGGUUGAAGAAACCCACCUACAUUAUCGUGUUGCGCUAAAACUUUUGACGAAGGUCGGUACUCGACCUCCGAUUCUCCUGAUGGGCUUCAUGUUGACUACUUCUUUUAUCUCUUUUUUCGUGUCCGAUUCGGCAACAACGGCCAUUAUGAUCCCGAUCGCGGUUGCUAUAUUAAAAGCUAUGGUCAAAAACGUAGAUGUUCAUGGAUACUACUCGUCGAUCCCAAGCCUGCAGCUAACUUACCUAAAAUGGUGUCAAUUUGCCAUUCCGCCAAUGUUUGUCUAUUUGCUGGCCGCCUAUUUGAUCCUGAUCUGCUAUUUUAUUGGGCCAAAGACGUUGCUUUGUUUCUUUAGAAGUCAAUCAGAAGAGGAGAAGAAAGCCAGUAAAGACAUUGAGAAUUCGGUUUUGGACUCCUAUAAUCGACUUGGGAAUAUCAAAUCCUCCGAAAUGUCGGUGAUUAUCUUAUUUUUGAUAUUGAUUUUGACUUGGGUGUUUCGAGCGCCAGGGUUCAUGCGCGGAUGGGCAGAUUUUCAUUCCGAUCCAGAAAUGUUUACCGACGCGUCGAGUGGCAUUGUGAUUGUAUUUUUGCUAUUUAUUUGCCCACGGAAUUUUCCAGUAUUUUGGAAAUCCUACAAAAAUGAUAAAGUGAGGACGGAGGAUAUUGAAGUGGACGAGAUUCGAGUUUCAUCGGUCGAUGCCGAUGGCGGAGAUUUCCAUCCUGAUCCGCCACCUCCAAAAGAACCCUCAACGAUUCUGACAUGGGAAAUUACGGUGUUAAGAGAAGUAAACUAUCUUCGAUGGUGGCUUGUAUGGUGCUUGGUUUUGAAGAUUAUAAUCCUAUGUUUUUACAGG